GAGGAACUACGGCGGUAAACAAAGGCCCGGACGGCGGAGGGUUUGAACGCAGGCCAAUAUGUUCUCUCGUUCACUCAGGAGGUUCAGUUCAUCGUUUGUUCAGCCUAAGUCUUAGCAGUCAGCCAAUGCCAUGGCGGACAGAACCCUCCCCCCCCAAGUGGAGGGGCCGUCACAGGGCCGCCUCGAUAUGAUAGUCGGCCGGCCGUCUCUGUUCCCCGCGCCCAAGGCAACACAAACCUUCGUCUUCACAUUCAGGUGGUGGGGGGACACGCAACCCUGUGUGUUACGGCUUCCUCCAAACAAAAGCGAAGUAAGAAUUGUUUAUCACAUAACAUGCAGCCCCCGGUCCUUCCGUCAGUAUCUUCUGGAUGCUGGAAGCCUGCACGUGAGCCUCAGGAUAGAAGGCUCUGGGAAAACGCACGAUAUGGAGGAGGACCAUCAGCUAAACAACGAGUUACAGAAUCUGAAAAAAUCUGGAAUGGAAACCCCGAGACAGAAGUUGCUGAGAAGGCAGCUGCGUCUCAAGAAGGGCUGGCAAGAUGGGGAUGUCGUUGGGAGCUUCAUGUUACCGGACAUGAAGCUGAACACCAGAGGUGACUAUGUCCGUGAGUGCAGGAUAGUCGACUCCUCCGCAGAUAUUGUUGGCACGAUUGUGGUGACAUUGGUAUUUCUUGAAGGGAGCCUGGAUGACUUUCACCACCUGAAGAUUUCAAAUGACGAACAAACAUCACCAAACGACAAGAGCAGUGAAGCAAAGACCAAAGGCCGGCCCUCCGGAAUCCCGGUGAGGGAGACCCACGCUAGUAAAAUUCCCAAGAAUGUCAAUGAAGGAUACAGACCAAGGAGUAGAAGUAGCAGCUUCAGGAAUUCUCCGAGAUCGAAGAGCGAUCCGCUGAAGUCUCCCAGGAAACAGCAAGGGGACCACUUCAUCCAGGGAAAGGAAAACGAGGCUCCACCGAGAAUGAGGGAAGCCAAGGGGAGUCGGCCAAUGGAGAGCCAAGAGCCCCAGGUUGUGCUGCGGAGAGGGAGGGGUGAGAACCAGUCUCUCAUCAGGGAACGGCCAGCAAGUUGGGGUCUGUAUCCUCUGUUAAAUGGGGCGGAUCCAUAUUCCUUAGUUGAGUCUGGAGCUGUGAAGAAGGAGGACCUUCCUAUCCUCAUGCAGGUCCUGGAGGGUAGAUCACCUAGCCUUGAUCUCUCCAACCUUGACCCAGACACACAGAAGCUCCUUGAGGGACUAGACCUGUCCAUGAGCUUCUCGGGAAUCAGCUCCACAUCCCCAGGGAGAAGCUUCUCCAGGAGUGAGACCUCAGGAAUGGAGAAGAAGGGAGAGAAACCCAGGUCACAGGGGUUCUCUGUCUUCAAGGGGAACGAGCAGGAUGCAAUCAGCUUCUCAGGCAUGUCCAUGACCUCAGGAGUGUGGCCAUUGGAGAGGAUGGAGGAGUGCCAGGGUAGCAAGCCAGUGUUGCAGGAAAGGGUACAACCCCAUGCAAGUCCCAGGGCUGCUAGGAGGCUCAGUCAAGUUGGCAGUGCAAAAUCAAAGAUACCCAUGAGCCACGCAGGAUCCAAGAGCCCAGGGACAGCUUGCCGGUCUUUGCUGUCAAGGCCGACUGCGGAGAGGACCCUUUCAGCUGCAGCCAGGGAUGCUUCAUUCACCUCAAAGGAUGAAGAGGAACUUUCUGAUAUUCAGGAAAAUGGACCCAUAGGGAGAAGGGCUUCUGACGGGCCAUCAACAAGGAGGGGCUCUGAAGAAGAGGGUUCAGUAUUGGUAGUCGAUAUUGGCACACUGACUUUGGCUCCCUCACUGCUUCCCGUCAGACCACCUGAUAAGAAGGAGAAGAUCAGUGGUGUGAAGGUCAUGCAUCGCAGUAGAGUGUGCUACCUGACCACAUUGGAGGUGAAGUUACCAGCAGUUGAAAUACCUCCAGAAUGGGACUUGUUGCAGACUUGUGCUUCGAGACAAUUAGCUGACAAUGAAAUCAACUACAAUGUAAGGGAGGUGCUGAAGCUUCCCCCAGCACCAGCACUGGAGAUCCUCAGAGGUCAGCUGGAAAUCAGAUCUGUGUGUCGGCGCCUUGGAGAAAGGGACAGUGAAGAAGUUGGCAGUGCUAGUGUCAGCAUGAUGGACUUGUGGCAGCUCAGUGGCUCAGAGGUGCAGGUACCUCUCUUCCGUUCUGAAGUACCAGAUGGCAAAGAUUCGCUGACCAAGAGACGGAAGGCCAAGAGGAAAGAGGAGGGAGACGUGAAGCAGUCCUAUGCAAAUUUAACCUUCACUGCAAGGCUGGGGCUGGCGGUGGGACAAUCACAUCAUGCUGCGGACCUUGAAGAACCCUGGGAUCUCCAUCACAGAAAAGGCUCACAUGACGUCGGAUCCCACGUGGGACACCCUGAUUCGAAACCAAAAGAAAUCCCUUACCUUGCCAAGCUGAGGGAGAAGGGAUAUACACAUGCACUGCCUUCCACUCCCCCACCACAUGCUGGCCCCAGGUCUCACAGAGAUCCUGACGGCGAAGAUAGAGAGGUUAUACGGAUUUUCAAACCCCGACCUGUUCCACCUGAGAAUUACGAACCCUUCCAGUCAGCUGUCUUCAACUCAAUAUACCUCCCAACACACAUGAGCCCCAGAGAAAAAAUUUACAAUGGGGCUUGGCAACAGCAACCGGGGAGAGUCGAGGUGGUGGACAGCAUCCUGAGCAGCCCUGUCCCUACCAAGGUUGUUAGCUCCUGUGAUACUGGAUUUCGCAUUUACCAGGGCUCGUUUCUUGCUGGCAUUAAUGGUCAUGAUCCUCAGACAAACAACCAGCCUGUUGAAAGUGGAGGGGAAUCUCCAUGUAUCAGGACUAUUGGCGACUUCCACGCAGACUACAUUGAACACGCAUUACUGAAUCGGAGAUCGAGUGCCGAGAUGAAGCAGGAAGAGAGGAGAGGGUCCUGUAGGGUGCAUUUAGAAAUCCUAAAAGGCAGAAACCUCCCGUGGGUGGAGGGGCCCGAUGGAACCCUAAAGCCACCCAGCUGCUAUGUGAGAGCAACCAUAGGGUCACAUAAUAUCCAGACUAAUAUAUGCUUAGAAGCUGAUAAUCCCAUGUGGAAUUAUGCAGCUGACGUCUUACUGCCAUAUUCACAACUCUGUCAAACUGAUGGGAAUUUAAUACUAAAGGUCCAUCAUGGAUCCUGGGAUCAGCCACCCUCAUUAGAAGAUCCAUUAAUGGGUUUUGUGUGUGUGGAUGCCACCUCUAUAUGGAGUGGACAUGUCUCCCUCUGUGGCUGGUACCCGUUGCUUGACCUUCGAGGAUGUGUCAGGGGGCAUCUCAAAGUAUCAUUAACUCCACAUGAACCUCCUCAAGCUGGUGGUCCACCAAGGAAAGCAUGUUACUCGGUGAACCUACAUGAAAAUGUUGGUCAGAAGGUGAUGCCAGAAACUUACAGGUCUGGGCCCACAUGCUCUCAACGUUCUGACAAGAGCAGUGACACUAGUUUGAGGGAGAGGCAGAGUCACGUGGCAAGCGAUGCAGAAACGUCUAAGAGGGAGUCUUUAAAACCCCUGUCUCCAAACAUCAUGCAGAAACAUUCUCCCAAAUCCCAGAGAAAAUCCUAUAGCAGCGGAAGUGAAGGAAGCACUAGCGAUGCAAGUAGUUCGCCUUACAAGAAUGUCGAUUCGUCUGUUUAUUCCAAGUAUUCUGUGAUAAGUUCUGGAUCUGUUGUUGUUGAUGGUGAGGUUCUGAAUGAUGUGUCUGGAAAGAAGUAUAUAAAUUGA